CUCUAUCUGUAAGCCAAAGGGCAAACCACAUCUCACAAGAUGGAUAAGUUCCGUAUGAUGUUCCAGUUCCUUCAGUCCAACCAGGAGUCUUUCAUGAAUGGGAUUUGUGGCAUAAUGGCACUAGCAAGUGCCCAGAUGUACUCUACCUUUGAGUUCAGCUGCCCCUGCAUGCCAGAAUACAACUACACCUACGGCAUUGGACUGCUUGUCAUCCCUCCCAUAUGGUUCUUUUUGUUGGGUUUUGUUUUGAACAAUAAUGUGUCGGUGCUCGCUGAGGAAUGGAAAAGACCCACUGGGAAACGGACGAAGGAUCCAACGGUCCUGCGCUACAUGUUUUGCUCAAUCACCCAGAGAUCCUUGAUCGCCCCUGCGCUGUGGGUAUCCGUGACGCUCAUGGAUGGGAAGAGCUUCCUCUGUGCUUUCAGCAUCAACUUAGAUAUUGAAAAGUUCGGGAACACCAGCUUUUUUAGAGGGAUGUCGGAGAUGGAGAGGAGUCGACUGCUGGCUCGAAUUCCCUGCCCGGACCUGUUUGAGCAUCAGGAGAUAAGAGUGGCAGCAACACGGUACAUCAAGUGUAUAUCACAGGCUUGUGGGUGGAUUUUUCUGCUCAUGAUGACCUUCACCGCCUUCCUGAUCCGGGCAAUCAGACCGUGCUUCACCCAAGCCGCUUUCCUCAAAACCAAAUACUGGUCGCACUACAUCGACAUCGAGAGGAAGAUGUUCGACGAGACCUGCAAGGAGCAUGCCAAGAGCUUUGCCAAGGUGUGCAUCCACCAGUACUUUGAGAACGUCAGCGGAGAGAUGCAGAGCUUCCACCGGCAACGCUGCGGCAAGGACGACGGCGCCGACGAGGAGGAGGACAAGAGAAGCGAUGAGGACAAACUGCUGGGCAUCAGGGCUCAGGACGACAUGAACAAGGUUUUGUGGAACUGGCACACUUGUAAGCCGCCGCUGGCUCUGAGAAAGGACCAGAUGGACGGGGAAAACAAUAGCAAGCUGAAUGGAACCAUUAACGGGGCCUUUAAUGGGUUUGCAAACGGACACACCCAUGAGACAGAAAAGAAGGAAUGGGCAGUGUAUUACAGUAAGGUUUGAAAACACGGCGAGAUGAAACAUGUGCAAAUAAGCUGUCGGACAGUUACUACAUUCAAGAGCUGUAGCAUUUAUUUUGCUCCUCCUUAGAAAUUAAAAGAGAAAUUGUGACAUACUUUAUAAGUCUAUAACCAUUGUUCCUGUCUUUACUUUUUCGCUUCCAAUCAGUUACGCUUUCUUUUAAUCUUUUAAAGGCAAAUAUUUGUUUUGCUGAUUUCUGAAGGUUUGGCUGCUUCCUUCAUAACGUGGGUUCAGUGCCUGACCCUUUGAGAGGAAUGCCUUUUGUUAAACCGCGCCACUCUGGCCUAUGAAUCAUGAAAGCAUGCGAGGCUUUUAAGUUCCAGGAAAUAACCCUGUUCUGUUGACAGAACAGAAAACCCAAGAGGAUCACUUUUAAACGGGAUCUGAUUCACAAAGCACAGCAUUUUAGCAUCAAGGAGAUUCCCAAAGGGCUGAAGUUUCAUAAAUGAAGUGGAGUCUUUGCCAUUUCAAUGUGGCGAUAGGUUGAAGAAAAAAAAAAC